AUGAGAACGGCUCAGGACAAAGAGGCGUUGAUAAAACAACUCGAGGCAGAGUUUUGCCCACCACUCGACACGUCUCUGGUGUUGGCUCUAUGCAACGACAUAGAUGAAGGCGAAGAAUCCAUUACACAACUACGAGAAUCUCUGCAAGCACUCGCAGCAGAUGCCACAGUGUCGUUAUCCGAAGUAGAUGGACAGGAUCCCGGCUCGACCUCUGCGCUUCCAUCGGCCUCGCCCUCCGACGACCUCAAUUCGCCUCUUCAGUUUCUCCAGAAUGCAUUCCCAACUUUCUCGGUCCAUACGCUCCAGGAAGUCAUCGAGGACGCUGUGAGCCAAUAUGGUGGACUUGACAUGGCAAAGCUAGUCGAAGAGCUACUCACAAGGGAGAUACUAGAAACGAUAGGCCUACCAGAGUCACCACAGGAGCAGCCAUGGCCGAAGACCAAGAAGAAGCAGAAGAAGAACAAGGGCGUCUCUAAGCUAGUUUUUGGUGACGUACGACAUCGCCAAACCUCAUCGAAAGAGUGCCCAGAGGUGAUAGAUCCUUGGUCCCAGCUCUCCUCUCUAGCGGACUAUCUCUCGACGUUGCUCACCGGGACCACGGCUUCAUCAUUUUCCUCACGGUUCCACUCGGACAAGUAUCCGACAGUGCUUGAAGCGGUGCUCGCGUAUCUCAAUGACCUUCCGCCCUCUGAUAAGUCUACAGAGGAAGUGGACGAAGGCCUCAUCGCCAUCAUCGACGCAUUACCCAGAGAUGACUCUGAUGAAGUCAAUGCCCAAUGGGCUAGACGCUGUGUGGAAGCAACAGAUCGGCUGGAGCAUGCCGUAUGUCUCUACGAGCUCUUGCAAGACUUGAGUAAAAAUGCUCCCAUAAAGCAUCUGCAAGCUCCUGCUAUACACCCUCCCGCGAUCUCAUCACCACUUCCAUCAUCUUCCAGUGGCUCCUCUGCUGCACCCACACGACAAAUUUCCAAUUUCACACAGCCGACUGCACCGAGCAAACCUCGGAAGCCUAUGGCCGCAUCCUCAGCAUGGCGGGUCGUCGAAAAGCGCGAACCAAAACAAGUUCAGCCCCACCCUCACGCAGAAUUUAUUCCUGCCUAUCGUAACCUCAAACUCGUACCCGUCUCAUCACUCCCAAAGGAUCCAAGUGAUGAGAACAUGGUCUUGAAAAACCGCACGAUUGAGCAGGCCUGGCGCGACAAACGAGUAGAGGCGCUUCGAAAAGCGUCGCAGCAUUGGCAAAGGAGUCAGGAUGGGCUUGGGCGACAAGUCGCGGCCUAUUAUGCCGACGAGGCAAACAAGUUUCUCCGAGAGUCUAGAGAGGCUGCGCUCGAGGCUGCGAGAGCGCUCGUCGUCAGUAACCGGGCACAAAAUGCGGCGAAUGGUUUCCAUACUGAUGAUACGGUGGAUCUUCAUGGUAUGAACCGAGAAGAAGCGUUGGCGAUUGUCAAAGAAUCAUUGAAUGCGCGGUUCAAUAACUCUUCGCGUAAUCAAGAACCACUGCGCUUCAUUACCGGAAAGGGGUUGCAUUCGAAAGGGCAUCAGAUCUUAUUACCCUCAAUCCAAAAGUCUCUCAGGUCGGAGGGAUGGCGCACGCGCGAGGUAGAAGCCGGACUCAUCGUAUACGGACGAUUCUAG